AAUCAUUUGACAACAUAUUGUCAAAAGCAAGAAUUGACAUCGCGUUGAAUAUUCAUAUAUUAUUUUCGUAAUAAAAUCUAUUCAAACAUGAGUAAUAUUUGUGAAACAUGUUUAUUCGAAUCGAAAUCAAGUUAUAUAACGCCGCCUUCGGCAGAAGACUUGAAGAAGAUGAAGGCAUUAUCAGCUCCUGAGUUUCCUAACUCUUCGGAUGAGGAUGAGGCUUCGUUGAAGCCACAGCUGUCAGCUCCAUCGUACUUACAUCACUUGCGAGAAAAUGAAUCUCCUCCCUUCUUGAAACCCCAAACAGAACCACGCCCACAUAUUCUGGUAGGCACCAUCAUGAAUGAGGAUGAAGCAGUCGCCAUGAUCGCAGCUGCUGAUGCAGAUAAAGAGAAUGGGCUCAAGAAGUUUAUAGGUAAUUUCCUAAUAGAAAAGAAUAUAGUACACAACUACGCUAUAGGUGAGAAGAAUUUCUUAAUGAGUCUCAUAUUGGAAGUCAUUGAUUACUCGGCGCAGCGCGACUUUGAUGCGUUCAGAUUAGCUGCGCUCAUCACGAUAUACAUCGACACGCAUCUCUACUUCAGGUGGUAUUACUGGCAGUCCCCGACAGCGGUCUGGAAUUACUUCAAGCAAGUUAUGAUAAGGCAUACUAUUGAAGACACUCCGGACGGCGAGGAAGUGUUCAGGCCUCAAGACUGUUACGAUAUCAUCACACAUUUCCACUCGGUGUACCUGGCUAACAUGCCACUGAUACACAUAAUCACCUUCGGCACCAACAGAUUGAAACUGAUAUGGCCUUUCAAGUUAGGGAAAUAGCACUAUGCAAGUUGAGCUAUGGAGAAGUGAGUAAGGAGUGAGAAGACUUCAUCAUGAUUAGCUGGCUCGAUUGACAACUCGCCACUUAUAUUCAAUGGCUCCGAGUGACUGACAAUGUCGUCAGUCUACCUAGCGGGAGGACUACUUGGU